CUUGUGGUCUCAACUCUCUUCUCUCGACUCUCAUAACCCUAUAGAAACCAAUACCCCGCACAGAAAAAGGUUAACAUGAAAAUCUCAAUUUAUAUCGUUCUUACCAUUCUCUUCAUUUCGAUGGUAUGUUAUAAAAUACCAUACACUGAGGCAAGGCAGUUGCGAGAAACCGACAGUGCAGAUCGUGAUCAUCAUUUCACAGCCGGUAGAACCGAUGAUUUUGGGCCUACUUAUCCGGGUAAUAGUCCGGGUAUUGGUCAUAAAUUGAAGGAGAAUAAUGAAAUAGUCGACGCGUUUAAAGAUGACUUCAAGCCUAUGACACCAGGACAUAGUCUCGGCUCUGGAUAUGUUGUCAACAAUGGGCCUAAGGCGUAGAAAAUGUUCUAAUAGUUAAGCAAACUUCUUCGUUGAUUUUACUAAAUUAAUAUGUAUUUUAUAUUACUGCAUUAAGUAAGUUUAAUUUAUUGUAUGUAUGUAGUUAUGAUAUGUCAUUUGUAAGUUUGGUUGAUCAAGAGUUACCCUAGUUUAUUAAUAAAGUAACUACGUACGAUUUGUGUUUAA